GACAUGGCGCCGCUCGAGGCGCAGCUGCGGGCCGCGCGGCGCGCCGGCGACGCCGCCGAGACGGCGCGCCUGGAGCGCGAGCGCACACGCGUGCUCAAGCUCAAGGAGGACUUCGUCAAGCUGCACCCCGCCAGCCGCAAGCUCGUCUUUCCCGAGCGCAGCGAGGACAGAAAGGAGCACGACGCACAGGCGCAGGCCGGCAGCAGCAGCGGCGCAGCGCAGGCCCCGCACGGUGCGCCGGGCAGCGGGCGCGUGCCGGAGCGCAGCAUCUACUACGACGCCGUCUUCAACCCCAGCGGCGCGCCGCCGCCGGGCAUGCCGUACCGCGAGAAGCCGCCAUCAGAAUGGCCCGGCGCUGCGGCGCCGCCCGCGUGGCCCGAAUCCUUUUCGGGCGAUGCGGACGCCGACGUCGAGCUUGAGGAUGCGUCCGAGGAGGACAGCGGCGAGGACGACGAGGAUGACGACGACGACGCCAUCGUCCUGCCACCUGGGCCGCCACCAGAGGCGGGCGCGGACGGUGCUGCUGCUGAGCCGUCAGCUCCCGAGUCGGACUCAGACGAGGAUUCGGAGUUCGACGACAUCCACCUGCCGGACGCGCCGCCUCCGCCGCCGCCGCUGCCGCCAGGCCCGCCGCCGCUGCCUGCUGCCGCCCCGCUGCCUCCAGGGCCGCCGCCGCUGCCGGGCGCUCGCUUCGCCAUGCCGCCUGGGCCGCCGCCUGGCUUUGGGCCACCACCAGGCUUCGGACCACCGCCAGGCUUCGGCCCCCCGCCUGGCUUCGCUGCUCCAGACUAUGGCCCGCCGCCAGGCUUCGGUCCGCCGCCCGGCUUUGGUCCACCGCCUGGCUUCGCCGCGCCGCGCCGGCCACAUGCUCCUCAGCAGCAGCCUGGACAGGCACCUCGCGGCUUCUACGGCCGCAGCGGACGCGGCGGCGCUGCGCCGCCAAUUGCCGAGGGGCAGGCGCAGUGGGGCCGCAUGCCUGCCAACGGCGAGGCGUCCGCAUCUGCGUCCACUUCUGCUGCCCCGACGGCGUCUGCGGCUGCCGCCGCCAGCAGCAGCGCCACGCUCGUGGCCGCGCCGCAGCUGCGCGACCUGCGCGCCGAGGCGGCCGCCUUUGUGCCGCCGGCGCUGCGCAAGAAGCUCGCGACGACCAAGGCGCGCGCGGCGCUGGGUGGACUGCGCAAGGGCGUCGAUGCCGCGCCGGGCGAGCCUGAUGCCGAAGACGAGGCUCAUCGGGCGGACAAGGUCGGCCUCAGCGAGCGUCUGCGCAUGGCUGUCGGCGACGGGCCAGCAGAUGCGCGCGGCGCGCAGAGGCCAAAGGACGACGAGUACGCCAAGUUCCUGGGCGACGUCGGCGACCUGUUGUAGGCCGUCGUGCCGAGGCGCCGAGGCAUGUCACCAAUCCAUACAUCGACACUGUCGGCGGCGCAGGUCUGUGGCAGCACGACGUGUCAUUGCUGCGCGUCGCGCGGCCGCUCGA